AUUCUUUCACAAAUAAUAAAAAUAAUUAUCUUUAAAACAGUGAUUUCUAAUAGGCUAUAUCAUGUUUAAUUUCCAAGAAUGCAUUAUGUUACCGUAUAGGCGUAGGUGCAUGUUUUAGCAAAGUUACAACUAAUCAAAGAUCGUAUAGUAACCUUAUAAGAUCUUUGCUACUAAUCUUUUAAAAAGGUGUCCUAUAAUAACAAUAAUUUAUUCGAACAUACACUUUUACAUCAGUGGCACGCGUCAAUGGACGGUGCGUUUAAAAUAACAAAUUCAGAUAAACCAAGCAACAAAAACCUACUAAAUAAACCAGUCUACAAAGAACAAAAUUACUAGUCUAAGCAAUUUCACAUAACCAAUAAACACACCCACCCCACCACCCCAUAUAUACACACCCGCCCCAUCACCCUGUACACACAUACAACUUUAGUAUAUGUACAUGCAGCCCAACAUAAAAGUCUAAGCAAUCUUAAACACUACUACCUAUAAAGGGGGCGCACUCCAGAUUUUUUUGCAAAUGAAUUGCCUCGCCGAUUGUGGGCGGUGUUACUACUACAGUACUGUACAAUCAGAUUUAAGUGCUAUGUGCAAGCCAAUCCUAGGAACUUUAACGUUUAUUUUUUAUUCCUUAGUAGGCCUACAUUCUAUUUACCCCUCAGUCUUUUAUGAUUCAAUAUUCCCAAGUACUUUAAAUAUCCGAAUAAGUCUAAUAAUAAUAUUUAUUUAAAAAUACACCUUUAAAUCGGUAGCACUCAAUAAAGAUUGGUGAGUUCACAAGAAAACAAUAUACACAGGAAAACUUAAAACUAAAAAAUUAUGAAAAUUAAGAACACAGGUCAAUUGGCAAAAUGAACAACACAAAUAUUUGUGUUAAUACACAUAGUUCAUAAGUAAUUAGAAAGAGAGAGAGAAAAAAAUAAAUUAGUUAAACAUAGUAAGGUUUAUAAAUUAUACUCAGUAAUACAAAUCUUGAAAUACUGUAGGCCUAUAUAAUGCUUGAACAUGCUUGAUUUCUGAUCGUUUUUUCACGCUCUUUUUACACAAUUUUUACAGAGUUUAUCAAAGACUCAAAAAGAGUCUCAAUCUCCUUUGUUAAAGAAACUGUCGUAGAACCUAAAAAAUAUGUAUUUAUCUCCACAAAUUAUUUUCUGAUGAUAUUUUUAGUUGGUUAUUCCAAGGAGGUUAAAAUAAAUAUUUUAACCUCCUUGGUUAUUCUCUAAUAAUACGGUAAGAAUUAUUAUUAAAUCACCUUGUUAGCGCACAUAUAUAUUUUAUUAAUUGUUUCGUUAGAAUUGUUUGCUCAGCCGCCGCUGCUAUUAAAUUUUCCAAUAAGAAAUAUGUAAAUCUUUCUCACAAAUUAAAUGAACUUAAGCAUGUUUUUUUCUAAACUGUCAUAACUUCGAUUAAGUACAAUUAUUAUAAUAAUUGUAGAGGUGUAGCCAUGAUACCGAUACUCAAUGUCGUAGCUUCCACGUUGGUUCCAUUGAUGAAUACAUAUUGACAUUAGGGCGAACUUCGGACCCAUGCAUUUUUGGUCCAUUGACCUACGGUAUGAUAUCGUUAAUAAUUUGUGGAAAAAACGCAAUAAAUAAAAAUAGUUAAGACAGGAGUUUUACUACAGUACUCAAAGUGGUGUAUGAUCAGAUCAGCAACCUGUUGCAACGUCUCAAGAUGUCUUCCGUUGCAUAUAUUCUACUCUUUUCAAGUGCUGCUAUUACUGGAAGUAUGGUAUUAGCAUGGGUCUACCAACGGGUGAGAUCAUUGAUGAUUCGAUGUCCAAGCAAACGGAACAUGAAGGGUAAAACAGUGAUCAUUACUGGGGCAAGUUCAGGUAUCGGUAAAGAAACUGCCCGUGAUCUUGCUAGCAGGGGGGCAAAGGUGAUAUUAGCCUGUCGAUCGGUAAGGAAAGGCCAGGCGGCAGCCAACGACAUUCGUGCAACAACGAAGAGUGAGGAAGUGUACGUAAAACACCUCGACGUUUCGUCUUUAUCGUCAGUGCGGAAGUUCGUCGAUGAAACAACGCAAGAGGAAUCAAGACUUGAUGUUUUGAUUAACAACGCAGGAAUUUCAGCUCCUAAUGAACAAGUUAUAACAGAAGAGGGACUAGAAAUAACAUUCGCCACCAACCAUCUAGGACACUUCUUGCUUACCAAUCUGCUUCUGGAUCUAUUGAAGAAAUCUGCACCCAGCCGCGUAGUAGUUGUCGCGGCGACGGCCUAUCGUUUCGGUGAAGCUUCGGAGUUUGAGUUCAUGUCGGGAUAUCCGAACGUAGCAGAAUAUGCGCCGUUGGGGGCGAUGUAUUGCCACAGUAAACUUGCUAAUGUAAUGUUCACACUGGAACUUGCAAAGCGGUUAGAAGGAGCAGCAGGCGUGACAGUGAACUGUCUACAUCCUGGUAUUGUAAAUAGUGAAUUUUACCAAAAGUCAUCAAAAUAUCUUCAAAAUUUUGGCAGUUUAUCAUGGUUGUUCUUCAAGUCGACUACAGAAGGUGCCCAGACAAGCAUAUACCUAGCGGUUUCGGAGGAAGUCGAUGACGUUACCGGCAAAUUCUUUUCAAACUGUCGAGAAGAGAAACUCGAGAAGCAGGCUCUUGAUGCAUAUGAUGCUAAGGAAUUGUGGGAGAUGAGCGAGAAGCUUACUAGUCUGUAGCAUAGGGCCUGUAACAUUUCAGGGGCGGAUUCCCUUUUGGGAGGUAAAAAAAAGAAAAAAGAAAGAAAAGAAAGAAAGAAAGAAAGAAAAAGAAAAAAAAUGAUAGUCCAGAAUGCCUCAAAUGU